GGACCAACUGGAGCUGGGAAACCCACCCAAAGGCAAUUAAGGGUAAAGGACGACACAAAUAUUUGAUAAACUUUUUUUUCUCCCUCUCUCUCUGUCUUGAACGGGGAAGAAGGAGCUACAGGGAUGGCGAUGGAGCUAGAAUGAGAGACCCGACUGUGUCUGGCAGAUAUGUUUCGGUAAAGAUUGUGAGAUAUCCAGAGCGACGAUUGGAUUUGGACCGCAAGGCAUCCAUCCUGAAAAAGUUGCAAAUCCCCGAGCAAGAAGCAGCUCUCAUAGUGUGGAAACAGCUAGCAAAAGUUGCUCAAGUUACUUCAAAAACUUUUUAAGAGGUUGGAUAUUUGCGCAAUGACACGCACAUAGGAGAAAGUCAAAGGUUUGGGGAAUAUCUCCGGGAAACUGUCUUUUUUUGUUUUGAGGCGCACCAAGGACGUUAAAGUCGUUACGCAGGGAGAGAUUGGAUCACUCUCUCUGUAUCCUGUCCCUGCUGCCGGAGGGCGAUGGGGGCCGCGCCGGGCUCGGGCUGGGAGGAGGGCGAGUUCGAGUUCAAGUUGGUGUUUGAGGAGGACCCGCCGUCGCGGCAGAGCCAGCGGCCAUCGCCGGUGCGCACAGCCGAGCCGGAGAGCACCGUUCCCGGAGAGGAGAGUGAGUGCGCCCCGCUGCACCUGGACUCAUCCAGCAGCAGCCUGGUUACAGAUAACCACCACUCAAUCAGCACCCACAGCCCGCCAUCCUCGGCCAAUCAGCGGGCUGGGAUGCAUUCCCCGCCACCCCGGAGGGCCCCCUCCAGAGAGUUCAUUGGGACCUAUGAGAGCCUGCCGGCGCGCUCUGUACAGGUUUCAGAGUCUCGUGUGGUUGAGUGUCCUAGCAUCCAGAUAACCACCAUCUCCCCUGAAGAUGACCUAGCCCAAACCAUUUCCAGUUACUGGGACAUGGGCAGCGGUGGUGGGUGGGAUCGAGAACGCCUCUACCUCCCCUUGUUGGACCCCUUUACUUACCGCGACAGAUGCCCUGGCUCCCUCAGCGCCAGCCCCAGCCCCGGCUCCAGCCCGUCCUCCCGCGGCUGGCUCAGCCCCGCCUCCAGCUGUGACUCGCUGCUGGUGGAGGAGGAAGAGCUGAACGAGGCUACAAUCAAUUUCGGGCUCUCGCCGUCCUCGAGGCCCACUUCCCCUGGAGGCAAAAAGCGUAGAAACUCCCCCUUGGUCUCCCCCUGUACUUCACGCAGGGGUAGUUACUCAGAAGAACUGCAGGGAUGCAACCUGGAGGGUGGAGACUCCACCCCUCAAUCCCAAGCUCCGCCCAGCAGCUGUGAGCUCAGCAUCCCACAGAAAACCAGGAAGACAUCAUUGGAACAGAUGUCUCCCAGAGAGGUGGAUCAGGAGCAGGCUCCAGGCCACAGCUCCCCCUGCCCGCUGCCAGAGACGCAGCAGGCCAGGAGAGAGCCCCCUUCACUGGGCAUGGACUACCUCUCUGUGCCCCCGGCUCUAGCCUGGGGCCGGACCCGGGCCAGCGCCCACAGCCCUCUGUUCAGGUCCAAUGCCCUGCCGCCACUCGACUGGCCGCUGCCGUCCCAGUUUGACCAGUACGAGCUGCGUAUUGAGGUGCAGCCCCGCCCACACCAUCGAGCUCACUAUGAGACAGAGGGGAGCAGAGGAGCUGUCAAGGCCACACCAACAGGACAUCCCAUUGUCAAGCUGUGUGGCUACACAGAGAGGAAGCCGCUCUCCCUUCAGGUUUUCGUUGGAACAGCCGAUGACCGAUCAAUCAGGCCCCAUCCUUUCUAUCAGAUACACAGGGUGACGGGGAAGAUGGUGGGUACUUCCAGUCAUGAGAGCGUCCAGGCGGGGACCAAACUGCUGGACAUCCCCCUCAACCCUGAGAACAACAUGACUGCACUCAUUGACUGUGCUGGGAUUCUGAAACUGAGGAACUCGGACAUCGAGCUGAGGAAAGGAGAAACAGACGUUGGAAGGAAGAACACACGUGUCCGUUUGGUGUUUCGUACCCACCUCCAUCUGCCACCCUCUGGCGCCCCGCCUGGCCGAGUCCUGGCUCUGCAGGUUGCCUCCCUGGCCAUUGAAUGCUCCCAGCGUUCGGCCCAGGAGCUGCCCGUCAUCGAGUCCGUCAGUCUGACCUCGUGCUCUGUGGAGGGAGGAGAGGAGCUUCUGCUGAGCGGCUCGAACUUCCUGCCCAUCUCAAGAGUCCUUUUCAUGGAGAGAGGGACAGAUGGUAAACUGCAGUGGGAGGAAGAGGCUCAUGUUGACCGUGACAACAGCAAUGAGUGUUUGUUGUGUGUGAGGGUCCCCGCCUACAGUGACCUGUCCGUCAGUCGGCCUAUGUCGGUUAGUCUUUAUGUCUCCAACGGGAAGAGGAAAAGAAGCAGCACUCACUGCUUCAAGUAUCUCCCCAUUAUGUUCAAAGAGGACGACCCGCUGCUGUCCCGGCCCUCUGUGCUGCCUCUGGAUGGGACGAAUGUGGGUCCUGUAGGGGGUCAACCCAGGAUGGACAGGGGCUUCCACGUGAGAGGCGACUCCAUGGCUGACGACCAAGGACUGGGCUUCCACCUCCCCCCUUAUCCCUCCACCUACUCCCCUCCCUGCCCCGCUAUGAGUUACCCUGAGGAGUACUGCUCCAAAGCCGAUGCUGUGGUGGAGGAGCCCGGCGGGUCCAGGGCAGCCCUGUCCGAGCGUCACCCCAGUUUCGAGAACCUGGAGCUGGGCUUCACGGAGCUUCUUCCUCCCUUAUACCCUCGUGGCCCACAGCCUUCUUCCCCCUCCCCUUCCCCAUGGUUGGACUCACCCUACCUUUCCUCCUCGCCCUCUCCCUCCCACUCCUCCUCUCUCAGCCCGUUUCCUGCUGGCAGUCCCAUUCCCACCUCCCCUUACCCCCAGUACUCGGCUUAUCCUCAGGAGAUGUGUCCCUCGCCUCCCUCCAACCCCAGCCAAUAUCAGGACAUCUGCCCGGCACCCUACUCCCAUUACGAGGGCUGGGAUCCCCAGGGAAGGGUGCUGGGGAUGGAACAUGGGGAAGAGAGGGAUGUCAAGAUCCAGGAGUGCCCCCUGGAGUUUACCAGCUCUUCUAUGCACCACAUUACAUUUGAAGAAGUGACGGAGUUCAUCGGGGAGGACAUCCAGUCGUACCAGUCAGGCUCGCACAUGGACAACCAGCCAAACUGAGCUCAGAGCAUGCUCAGAGAGCAUUUGAUAUUCAGCAUCAUAUUCACCAUUAUGCACUUGGUAUUAAGAUGCAUCGCUCCAGUAACAUGCGAGAAUGACAGGCGGGUUUCAUUACCAUGACACUGUUGUAAUUAUGACCACAGGUAACUGUUUUAUGUGGUUUUAUAAAGGGAAACUAAUGUUUUAAACAUGUUUUCGAUAUAAAUUAUACAAGAAAGUG